UCUGGAACUUGGAACCCUAAGUCGGUUGUUCCGUUCCCAUCGUCAUCGUCAUAAUAUCGCCGCGCGGCCACCAAGAUGUAUCUCCAGUUCUACAUCAAUGAGAAUGGCGACAAGGUCUACACCACGAAGAAAGAAUCACCGCUGGGGAUGGCAACACAAUCUGCUCAUCCAGCUCGUUUCUCUCCAGAUGACAAGUAUUCUAGACAGCGGGUUCUCUUGAAAAAGCGAUUCGGGUUGCUUCCGACCCAGCAACCACCUCCAAAGUACUGAGUUUCUGCGCUUUGCAGUUGCAUUAUCGCAAAGCAGUAUUCGCAGUGAGUGCACAUCAUACGUUUCAGAAUGGUUGUACUUGACAGGAUCUUACUUGUUGAUGCAUAAAACUGUAGAUCAUGAUGGUUAUGCACUAUUUAUUAGUAAACUUCAUGCAUGUGAUAAGACUACUAAAUGAGCAUACUCAGGAGUGCCAUAUACUUAAAAAACAUUUUUCUUGAAACUUCUAAGGUAGUGAGUUUCUUUCAGCAGUUUCUAAUAAACAUGAAUGUGACUGCGCACAGUCCAUUAGG